AUGAAAUAUCUUGUCAUUGCUUCACUUAUUGCUCUUGCAAUCUCAGGACCCACAGUCACGUUUAAAAACGCAUCCCCAGCUUUAAAAGACUCAGAUCUUGUUGCACCGCAAGAAAUGAUUGAUCUUAUUAAUCAAAGCCAAGACUCUUGGACUGCAUCAGCCGAUUGGGUCGGCCAAAUGACUAUUGGAGAUGCCAAAAGCUAUGCAUCUGCUAGUGGAGAGCCAAGAAGUUUCCCAGAAAAAGACUGGGGUGCACUUUUAGACAGCGUCACACCUCCAUCUUCUUUUGAUUCAAGACAGCAAUGGCCAAACUGUAUUCAUCCAAUUCUUAACCAAGAACAAUGCGGAUCAUGCUGGGCAUUUGGCGCUACAGAAGCUCUUUCAGACAGACUUUGUAUAGCUUCAAAAGGCUCAAUCAAUGUUGUUCUGUCUCCUCAGUACCUUCUUGAAUGUGAUAAAGAAAACUUCGCUUGCAAUGGAGGAAUUGCAGAUUUGGCUUGGCUCUGGAUGAAGGACCAUGGUGUUCCUACCUACUCUUGCGUUCCUUACUUACUCUACACUCCUAGAAAAAAAUAAGCCAUUGGGAAAUCCUAUUCUUUGGUUAAAAUCCUUAGAUGAGUGAUUUUUGAUAUAUAAGUUAUUAGCAAAUCUAAUUGAUUCUAUUUAUUAAUUAAUUUUGAAUUCCAAUUUUUGCAAAAUUUGUACAUUUCAAUGUAUAAAAUAUUAUGAAAAGAAAUUAAACACCUCUAUGAGCGAGCAAAUUUUAUUUUGCUCUCUCAUUUUUAAGGGUGGGGGUUAGGACAAGACUCAACCUGCCCAACUGCUUGCUCUAAUGGAUCCCAAUUGCAAGUUUAUAAGGCUUCAUCUGUAAACACAUACAGUGGACCAUCAUCAAUGCAAGCUGCUAUUCUUGCUGGAGGCCCAAUUGAAGUCACUUUCCAAGUUUAUCAAGAUUUCAUGACUUACUCUGGAGGAAUUUACAAGCACACUACUGGAAACUUUUUAGGAAACCACUGCGUUAAGGUUGUUGGCUGGGGGACACAGAAUGGAACCAACUACUGGGUUGUGGCUAACUCUUGGGGAACUUCCUGGGGUAUUCAAGGAUUCUUCAAUAUUGCCUUCGGACAAUGCGGAAUUGAUAGUCAAGCUGUGGCAGGAACUCCUCUAGUUUAG